AUGUCGAGCCGCUCCGACAAUUCGUUGGAUUCAAUUUUUCAUUACAAGCCGAGCCGCGUAGAUGCCGAGGCGAGAGGUACGACAGAAUCCUCCGAGGCGUCUGUUUCGCGGAGCCCCUCCAACCGUUCAUCUGACGAGGCGUCAAAUCAUGCAAAUCCGUCAGAUGACGGCUCUCCGGAUGACGAGCCGUCGGUUUCGACGAGCCGUCCCCAGGAUCCCGUUCCUGAUGAAGACAUUAAUCGCGCCGCACUUAAGGCCGAGGAGGCAUUUCCCUUUGACCUUUUCGAGGCGAAGCGUGAAUUGGAACGUCUCAUAGCGUCCCGAGGCGCUUCCACAUCUGGGCGAGGGCCACGAGUUAAGAGACAAAAACCUGACCCGCCUGGCUCUACGCUUUGCUCCCUUGAGUCGCUCGAGGCCUUGAGGCAUCGCUUCGGGAUAUCCGAGGCGGUGGAGUUCGUCGUUCCAGAGAAGAGCGACCGAGCCGACAAGCCUCCAGAGAAGCAUUUCACUCUGUACGAGGCGUUCUUCGAGCUUUGCUUCCUCUGGUUCCCGAUCCCCAGAGUGAUUCUUGAAUAUCUCUGGAAACACGGGAUCUUGAUUGGGCAAAUCAUGCCGAGGGGAUUACGGCAUAUGAUUGGCAUCUUAGUUCGAAGCUUCGAAUGCGGACUUGAUAUCGAGCUGAAUCACCUGCUGAACUUGCUGGAAAUCAGGAAAGAUCCGAAAGGAAAUAGAUUCUAUAUUUCCAACAAGGCGAAGCGACGGAUCAUCGGCGGUUUUCCCAGCAAGGAUCAGUUUUGGACUGAACGCUUCUUCUACGUCUUGGUGAACGAGGCGUUGUUCGGCAAGGAUUACGUUCAAAGAACCAAGACCGCUUGGGGACCACUUGUUCGGUGCUUUCUUCCCCCGAUUCCAGACGACCACUUUACUGUUCGAGACUCUCUUUUGGCGCGGAAGGUUAAUUGGAGGAAGAAUUUCACCCUCGAAAGAGUGGAAAAAGCGCGAGCCUUCCUUGCCGGAGUCCCCGUCAGCUCUUCGUCCUCCAGUUCUUCAAGAGAUACCCGAGAGAAGAUGGUGAUAAUCGCUCUCAGGGAAAGGAAGAGGUGCGAGGAAGAAGAGGCCGCGAGACAAGCUGCUGAGGCGGUUCAAGCGCAGACCGAGGCGGUUCCAGCGCAAACCAAGGCCAUCCCUCAACCCGACCCGCCGAGCCGGGAAGGAGACGAAAUGGUCCGAGCCGCAGAAGGCAACACUGCCAAGGCGGUCGAGAGAGAUGCAGCGCCCAAGGUAGAACCCGGCGAAAUCAUUCUCGAGGCGUCCGGGAAUGAUUCGGCGGUGCGGAGCAAAACUCCUUCGAACUCCGUCAUUUUAGCCCUCCCAAAGCCGAUGAGGCCCCCGACUUCAGUCGUUCAGAAACAUAACCCGAGCCGAAAACGUUCGGCCGCUGACAAGGGGAAGGGUGUUGCUGUUCAGAAGGAUGAGCCGUCCAAGAAGAGGCGGAAGCCGACGCCCGGGGACCCCGCCGCGUGCAAGUUGACGACCCCGACGCCUCUGCCGUCAUGUUCUCGCUUUGUCGCGGCCAAUAACGACCUGAUGGCCGAGUACGAGGUGGACCUGUCUAAGGUCGAACGUCGCUUGGCCGAGGCCCAAAAUGAGACCGCGGCGUCAAAGGCGAAGCUUGAAGAGGCUCAGAACGAAGCCGCAGCGGCAAAGGGGAAACUGGACGAGGCGGUGGCCAAGGCGUCCAAGCUGCAAGAGGAGAAGAUCGUUCUGCGCGCCAACGUUGACAAGGUCUCCGCCUCGGUCAUUCGCAUCGAGGAGGCGAGGAGAGCUAAAAGCGCUGAGGUGGCGAUUCUGAAGAGGCGUAUCGAGGCCAAGGACGCCUUGUUCGAUGCCAAGGUCAAGCGGGCGAAAAAGGAGGCGAGGCGAGAGCUUACGGCGAAGUUUCAGGAACGCCUCGCCACGGUGGAGGAGGGUUUGGCCAAGCUCGAGAAGGCCAAAAAUGACGAGAACAAUCUGGGGCAAAUCAAGGGAAACCUUGCGAUGAUUGCCGUCCUGAAGAAACCAGACGCCCCGACGCUCGAUGAUGAGGAGGCGCAGCUGAAGAGCUGGGAGAGCGAAUAUGCCAACGACGACGCAUAUGAGCGCAUUGCCUUCAAGAUCCGAGGCGAGCUGGUUUUCUCGCCCGUAUCGCCGGACUCGGUCGACACCAGCCUUGGUAACGAGCCGCUCGAAGAGACAGUGGCUAACUUAGGGGUCGUAGAUCCGAACGGAUCGAACGCGGGUACGCCGGUCCUCUCGAACCUCCUUGCUGAGCGUGAAACGCAGUCCGCGGCCUGA